GCGCCGAGUCAUGGUUAUACAACAUAUCAGGGUGGUAGUGUAGAGUGUAGUAUUUGUCAGUGAUCAUAAAUAUUCAGAUUGUGAGGAACACUGCGAGAGAGUGUGUGGCUACCGUUCUUUACCACCAAAGAAACCACCAACUCGUCGUCUUCUUAAAACUCGAGGCUCUUGGUCUCAUCUGUGUUUACUGAAAAGCUGAUUAAGUUAAGAUGCGGUGGUGGGUGUGUGUGGCGGCGUGUGUGGUGGCGCUGCAGGUGGCUGAGGCUGGCAGGAUACUCUUCAUGGCGCCCAUCUCCUCCAAGAGCCACAAGAACUUCUACAUGGGCAUUGUCAACGCCUUAGCUGACCACGGUAACCAGAUUACAAUGGUGUCACCCUACAAGCCAGCCAAGGAGAGGCCCAACGUGAGAGAGGUGAGGGUAACAAACGCGGAUAUUCUGAAGGUUAUCCCCAAUCUAUUUGAAGGGAAUAAGAUAACUGCUCCUAUACACCUGAUGCUGGCUGUGCCCACUAUAUGCUCUGACGCCCUGUCCUCGGAUGAGAUACAAAAUUUGUUGAAAGAGAAAUUUGACUUGAUUCUUCUCAGUGCAUUCCUGGGAGACUGUCUCCUGUCUGUGGUUCACCAACUGAAGUUGCCUUUCAUAUACGUGAGCCAAGUAGAAAUGAUGUCACCUUUCACUUCACUGGUCGGCAAUCCAGACUUCCCGUCCUUCGUUGUGAACCCCAUGCUGGAGAUGAGACACCCCUUGACCUUCACCCAGCGAGCGAUCAGUACCUUGAGUGGUGCUGUGUUUGAGGGCAUCUUCAACUACAUCGUGAGCAGCGUGGAGGCAGAAUGUCGACGGCGCGGGCUGUGUCCAGAUGAUAUGCCCAGCCUCUCGGAAAUGCGACGAAACAACAGCCUUUUGAUAAUAAACAGUGUAGAGACCGUUGAAUACCCUCCUCGUCCAACUGUACCUGCUGCCAUCUACUGUGGAGGAAUACACUGCCGUGCCCCGGAGCCUCUGCCACAGGUGAGCAACAUGGAGUACAGGUGUUUUUGUUAGACAGGUAGAUAGUAA